UUUCUUGUAACUAUAACAAAACUGGCUCUAGGAAGAAAGAAAAAAAAAAACCUGUCUGUUUGUAUUCAUAGGACUUCCACGUAAUCCUUAUCUACGCGCCCGACGAUAGAGCGGUCGUUUACGAUUUAGAUAGCGCGUUGCCAUUUCCCACGCAUUUCUGGAAAUACGCGAUGGAAACGUUUAGAUCGGACGAGGUUCUGCAACCGGAACAUCAUAGAAGAUUCAGAGUGGUACCAGCCAGUGUAUACCUGCGGGAGUUCGCCUCCGAUCGACAUCACAUGAAACGCGAAGAUGGGACAUGGAUCAAGACACCACCGGAUUAUCCGUCAAUUUCGACAUCAACGUGCAAGGAUAACUUGGAUUCCUUUAUUAAUAUGGAUCCGGGGACCGGGUUCGGGGUUGUGUUGACUUUAGACCAAUUAUUCGACCGAUUUCAUAGGCCGAACGCGAUCCCAACGGCACCUCGUACACCUCAUCCGCAACCGACACCGACUUAA